AUGGCCGGCUUAGAAUCGAAUCACAGUGAUCGCGAGGGCCCAUCGGGGUGGUGGAUGACAUCCAAUUCGACGGCCGUCGAGCACCUGGAUCAAGUUACCUACGGAAUUCUUGUGGUUUUUAUCGCCCUAAUCGGCUGUAUCUCCAAUGGGCUGGCGACGUACUUCCUGGCCACCGACGCCCAAUUCCGCCAUUCCACCGGCAUCAUCUGCAUCAACAUCGGCUUCGCCAACUUUGCCUACUCGGCCAUCUACCUGUUGUACGUCGGGCCGAUGAUGUUGUUGAAUCUCGGGCUGCAAACGGGCGAGCCGAUGCCGUCAUUUUCGCUGGUCGUCUGGUUCCUGUUCUUUGCCGCGCAAUACUUUUCGUUUUGCCUGUCGGCGAAUCGGGCAUGUGCCGUGCUGUUUCCGUUGGCCUACUACCAACACGCGACGGUGCGCACAACAAUGUACAUCUGUGUCUUCGUAUGGGUCAUCUCCACAUGGCAUCUCAUCUUCUUUUUGCUCAAAAUCUGCCCAGGGAUCUGGUUCAACGCCGUGCAAUCGUAUCUGCUAGAUUCUUCGUCGAUCAGCUCGACGAAGCCUUGUGUCGACUUUUUACGGGUAAACAUCGAAAUGUACCUACUGAUCGGGUUGUCGGCGUUUUCGCUGUGCUCAGAUGUGGCCUGUGCUUUCCGGGUGAUGCUCAGCCCGACGAUCCGCGCCAAGAUGAAGGCGUCCGACCUGCAGUUCCUCUACCAAUCGCUGUUCUCGUCGAUUUUCCUGUGCAUCGAGUGCUUUCUCGCCGGCUACGUGGUGGCCAAUUUUGUGAUAAGCCUGACGGUGUACUUCAUCCUGACGACUCUGAACAGGGUGCUAGGCAGGGCCACGUCGGGGCUGCUGGUGCUGUCGUUCCACCGAAAGCUGCGCGCCCGUAUCCUUCGUACAUUCCUGUCGGCCUGUGUCACCAUGGAACGGGAGGUGACCUUGGUCCACCCCCAGCGCCUCAUCUCCCAGGGCGAACCCCAGUCCAACAAGUCAACAGACACUAAUGGAAGCAGAAGGGAAGUGAGAACGUCACCCAUA